AUGUCAGAAGACUCUUCAUUGAAGAGAACCCGUGCUUCCGGGGAAGUGCUCGAGUAUCUUCUACGAGAAUUCGAUGUCAACCAAAACCCGUCUCCGGAUCAGCGGAAAGAAAUCAGUGAACGCACUGGCAUGAACGAGAAAGCAGUCCGCAUCUGGUUCCAGAAUCGCCGAGCAAAGCUCCGGAAGUUCGAAAGAAUGGGCAGAAGCAUCAAAUCUCCUAGCGCGCUUCCUCAGCAAGACACUCAGAAUUAUGCUCAGCAAGACACUCAGAGUUAUGCUCAGCAAGACACUCAGAGUUAUGUUCCUCCUUCGAGAUCGAGUCUGCUUACCAAUAUACCUGUCAUCGCUCCCAGUAUAAAAACCGAGAGUCAACCGCAGCCCAUGGACCUGUCUUAUAGCCUAGUCGACUGCUCAUCGCUUUCUGUAGGAUCAUGGCAGCGUGUGAGAUCCGGCAAUUAUGAUCCCUCAAUGAUCCAAACCUUGGAUAACCUCGCUCCUUUCACAGUCAACAACUUUAUGAGCGAAGUGGACCUAUCAGUGAUCUUAUCGCGCAAGAACAAUGAAAUCAAUUACUUUUUUUCUGCGAUGUCUAAUGGUUCUAAGAUUCUUUUUAGAAUUUUCUACCCAGUCACAACUGUCGUGCUGUGUUCUCUUUUGGACAAUAGUAUCAGCAAGGAGAACAACGAAUUGCGAAUCUGUUUAUCGGAGAAGCCCAGUUACUCUGUUUACUUUUCCAAUGGGGUCGAUUCAAACCUCAACAAAUGGCUGAUAUGCGACGAUUUUUCCGAGGGUCUGCAAGUGAGCUCUGCGUUCUUUGCCGCUGGAGGCAAUAAGAUCCCUCAUGUUCUAGUUGGCAUCAAGCUGUCUUUAGAAUUCUUGCAUCUCUUCUUAAUGGAGAAUGCACAGGGACCUCAUCUGCACCCGGCCUACAGAAGCUUGACGCCCGCAAAUAUGGGAAACGGCUUCAAGCAACUGCAUCUUCAUGAAAGUCACAAUGCUUCUCAGAACUCUGAGACCUUUCCUCAUUCGGAGGUAAACCAGAAAAACUACAUAGACCUUCCCCGGGAGCAAGGAGGCAAGAGCGACUUUCAGAUCAAGCAUGAGUUACACUCAUGGAAUGGUUCCACACCCAGUGACCUCGGCUAUGAUCUCAAGCCUACAAUGACAUCAGAAGACUAUGAUGGAACCAAAUCAGGGCACGAUAGACCAUCCAGUACCGUUCAGAAUCCCGAAUCAUACGACACAGGAGUCACAGACCAAGAGGGCUUCACAACGGACACACGUAAACAAGAUGGAAAUUAUACCGAGCUUUUUACCGAGACUCCUGACUUCUUUUCCACAGUACAAACUCCUACCAACAAUUUAAUUCCUGCUCAUACCACAACCCAGGAGAACUUGAUACAUAGUCCCUCUACCAACGUCCGCAACUUCGAUGGACCACAACAGAACCAUUACGGAUUCGACAUCAACAUGGCAGAUGACUACCAGAACAGCGUACCAAGCCCGUCCGUCUCCAACACGGUAGCCACGCCUAACACCGUUGCAUCUAACAGCAAUGUGGACACCUUCAUUGAUUACAAUGGCAACCUCUAG